AUGAAGUCUAACACAACUGGAGGGUUCCAGGAAACAGCCCUGAAAUCUCUGGGGAAUGAGGGUCUUUUCCUCUUCUCUUCCCUGGAUACUAACAAUGAUUUGUACAUCAGUCCUGAGGAAUUCAAGCCAAUUGCAGAGAAACUGACCGGCAUUGCUCCUGUGUCUGGCGCUGAGGAAGAAGAGGUGAUAGAUCCCAAUGGGGAGACUCUUUCUAUCCUUGCAAAAUUCCAGCCUCUGCUAAUGGACACAAUGACAAAAAGCAAAGAUGGCUUUCUUGGCAUUUCCCAUGUGGCCUUUUCUGGGCUCCGCAACUGGACGGCUCCUGCUUCACCUCUCAGCAUGAUGUUUGCCCAACAGUUCAAGGCCUUUCUUCCCCCAAAGAAUAAGGUGGAACUCGCUGACCCCUGGUGGAUAAUUCCCAGUGAACUGAACAUCUUUACUGGGUACCUUCCCAAUAACCGCUUCUACCCUCCAGCUCCCAAGGGCAAGGAGAUCAUCAUUCACAAGCUCUUGAGUAUGUUCCACCCACGGCCAUUUGUGAAAACUCGUUUUGCUCCUCAGGGAGCGGUGGCCUGCAUUCAAGCUGUUGCUGAGUUCUACUAUAAGAUAGCCUUCAGAAUCCAUGCGGAAUUCCAACUGAAUGAGCCUCCAGAUUUCCCAUUCUGGUUUUCUCCUGCCCAAUUCACAGGCUACAUUGUCCUCUCAAAGGACUCCUCCCAUGUUCGAGAGUUCAAGCUGUUUGUCCCUAAUAACAGGUCUCUCAAUGUAGAUAUGGAAUGGCUAUACGGUGCCUUAGAGAGCAGCAACAUGGAGGUGGAUAUAGGAUUCUUACCUCAGAUGGAGUUGGAGUCUCUGGGACCAUCUACCCCUUCAGUGAUUCAUGAUGAAAAUGGGAACGUGAUUGACAGCAGAGAAGGAGAACCAAUUCAGUUUAUAUUUGAAGAGAUUUCCUGGCAGAGAGAAAUAAGCUGGGAAGAAGCAUCUGGGAAACUGGAAGUGAUCAUGUAUCCAUUUAAGAAAGUUUCCUACUUUCCCUUCACCCAGGCUUUUGAAAGAGCCAAGUCUGAGGGUAAACUUGUUCAUUCAAUACUCUUGUGGGGAGCACUGGAUGACCAGUCAUGCUGAGGUUCAGGGCGAACUCUCCGGGAAACUGUCCUGGAAAGUUCGCCCAUCCUCGCAUUCCUGAAUGAGAGUUUCAUCAGUACCUGGUCGUUGGUGAAGGAGCUGGAAGAUUUACAGGGUAAACAGGAGGAUGAGAUCACCAGCAAACUUGCAGACCUGCAUCUCGAAAAAUACAAUUUUCCUGUGGAGAUUAUGAUCUGCCUGCCCAAUGGCACUGUGGUUCACCACAUCAAUGCCAACUAUUUCCUGGAUAUUACUUCUAUGAAGCCUGAAGAAAUUGAGAGCAGCAUCUUUAGUUUCUCCUCCAGUUUUGAAGACCCCUCGACAGCAACUUACCUCCAGUUCUUGAAGGAAGGACUUCAGAAAGCAAAACCAUUCCUGUAGCCCUAACAUCAAGAAGCAAACAAAUGCCCUCCUAUUGAACAAACACAAUAAUGAGAAUUCUUGCUUCUUGUAUUGGAGCUCACCCCUAACGCAGUAUUGAAAAGCGAAUAGUUAUACGUAAAUGAAAACUCUCCAAACCAGUAAGUGUUCCUUGGAAAUAUGAAGGUCCGAUAUCUGAAAUUCCAUGAAUAAUGUUCAGGAAGCUGCCCAGUUCGCUUCUUAAUGAUAAAUUGUGGGAUCACUCUGAAACUAGUUGUCAGGCUACAGGAGGUAGAUCUUGGGAGACAGUGCUGUGCAAAGGGUGGAAUGAGAUGCCAGCAGGUCGGAUUUCUGACUCCUUCGGGGCAGUUCCCAGUUAAAACUUGGUGUGUUGAUUCCUGAAUGGGAUGCCAUCAUUUCUGCAUCAGACCAGUCCCUUUCAGGGUCCUGAAUGUAUAGCAUGUAGUCAUGGCUUUACACUUUAGAACUCUUAGGUUGCAAAGUACUCUUUGGUGUCAGAGGACCUCAGGAAGUCAUGCAGCAUGCAUCUUGAAGUUCAGAAACAGCAGGCAGGAUCUGUACACGUGUGUCGCUUGCUGAUGCUUGCAGGAUCCCUUUGUCUGAUGCUGUUAUGUGGAUCACUCCCUUAAACCAGAGUUCCCCAACUUAUUACCCUCCAAGGUGCUGCGAAUAUAGUUCCCAGAACACUGGAGCAAUACCCUGGCUGGGAAUUCUGUGAGUUGUAGCCUCAUCCACAAACAUUACCUCAUGCCACCAAAGCCUCCACGCUCCCCUUGACUAUUCCUCUGGAGCCAGAUUUAGUCCCGAAUCCUCCAUUUAUUAAUCUGUUAACUUUUGCCGCCACCUCAAGAAAAUCUUGCACUGCUUAAAGGACAUACAAUACGGGGAGUUCCUGGGUUAAGAAUGCCCGGUUUAUGGACAACCCAUAGUUAAGAACGGAGCCUACUGUAGCAAAAUUUGAGUU